AUGCAUUAUAUUGAUCUUAAUCUUCCCUUGCUCAAGGUCCUCUGGCGGUACAAAGGCAAAAAACCAGAAACUCUGGGCUCCAACACCAGGAUUUAUGACUGGAUACCUCAAAAUGACCUGCUCGGCCAUCCCUUGGCAAAGGCCUUCAUCACUCAUGGUGGGACCAACGGGGUCUAUGAAGCCAUCUACCACGGCAUCCCCAUGGUUGGGAUUCCCAUGUUUGCCGACCAGCACGACAACGUUGCUCGCAUGAAGGCGAAAGGAGCAGCAGUUGUGCUGGAUUUCAGCACGCUGAAGAUGCAGGACCUCGUCGACGCAGUGAAUACAGUCAUUAACAAUUCCACCUAUAAGGAAAAUGCUCUGAGGUUAUCCAGGAUACACCAUGACCAGCCAAUAAAGCCUCUGGACAGAGCCGUCUUCUGGAUUGAAUUUGUCAUGCGGCACAAAGGAGCCAAGCACUUGAGACCAGCUGCUCACAACCUCACCUGGUACCAGUACCACUGCCUGGAUGUCCUGGCAUUCCUGCUCACCUGCGCAGCCAUCGCUGUCUUCAUUCUUGUCAAGUGCUGUGCGUUCUGCUGUAGGAGAUGCGGCAGGAUCGCGAAGAGGAAGACAGACUAGACAUCAUGUUCCCAACGGUGUUUCUUCUC